AUGAUAAUGGUCUCCUCCUCUUUCCGGGUUGCGCAAUGUGCAUACCGAAAUCCACUGAGAUUCAAAGCAGGUAGGGUGGUUGCCUUCUUUCGAGAGCCAAGCCACCAUCGAAGCUUUGGCACCCAAGAUUCACAUUCAUCGGCAGCAUCAUCUCUUGCCGGUAGCAGCAGUGGCAGCCAUUCCAGUAAUAACAACAGCACUCCCAUUGUUCUACCCGAGCGAGAAUACGGAUAUCGAACUAAGCCCUUCAACUGGACCGAGCUGGAGCAAAUAAUACGGGACAAGGAUUUGGCCAGGUUCUCGCGAAGUGUCGAGCAGGAGGCAAAGUAUCAAGAGUACAUGCGUGACAUGAAACGGCAAUGGCGGGAUUUGCACCACUUUAUAUUGCAUUCCAAGUUUGGGCUGGAAAAGCGCUGGGUCGAUGGCAUGUGGGAAACCCCUCUUUUGCCGGAACUCCAACAAGAGCCAGCAUCAAACCUGAGCUUGAAUGACUUUCCAUACUACACGGAGCCGGGAAUAUGGCACUAUGUACUAUGGAAGAUAGGUGGGCUAGUGACAGAUGCCGAGAUUGAGGAUGCAUGUCAAGAAAUCAAACAAGAUCUGGGGGAUGUUCUGGAUGUCCUCCAUUGGAAGAAUCCUCCACACCUCAAGAGCCUACCUGAUAUUGACCAUGCCCACAUACUGGUCCGACGAGCCAGCAAUCUUGCGGCUCCUUCUCCUACUACUAGCAAACUGUAA